CCCCCCCGGGGAAGAGGAGGAGAGACCUACGCGGCAUCUGUAGCUCUCCGUGUGCAGCGGGCGGGAGAGGGACGGAGGACGGAGGACGGAACGUUGACGCGCGCAGACCGACGCGACGGCUCUGUGCCGAGGGACCGCCCGAGACGCGGAGAUGUCAAAGGAGGAGACGCGAAGAAAAGGAUCAUCACGAAAGCACAGCGCCACUCGUUGGUGUCUGCAGGACAUUGCUCAGGAAUCAGUCGAAAGCUCCGAUGAGGAGUUCUUUGAUGCCAGAGCAGAUGUUAUGGAGGGGAAGAGUGCCAUACUGCUGGGCAUGAGUCAGUGGAACUCAAAUGACCUGGUGGAGCAGAUUGAAACUCUGGGACACAUGGAGGACCAGUCGCACGAGGGCCUCUACCAGCUGGGUGGUCCACGCUGUCCCCCUCAGAGCAGCAUUGAAGGACUGGAGGAAGCAGAGAUGAAAUGCAAAACGCACGUGCUGCUGCUUGUGGUGCACGGAGGAAACAUCUUGGACACAGCAGGCGGAGACCCGAGCACAAAGGCUGGCGAUGUGGCCACGCUUGCCUCAGUGCUGGAGAAGGUGACGCAGGCGCACUUCCAGGCCGUCGCCGAACAUGUCAAGAUCAAGCUGGUGCCGUGUCUGGCUGUGUGUGCCGAGGCCUUCUCCCUGGUGUCCAAUCUGAACCCAUACAGCUACGAUGAGAGCUGUGUGUCCAGUAGCGUGGACCACCUACCGCUGGCUGCGCUCCCCCUCCUCGCCAUUGCCUCGCCUCGCUACCAGGACGCUGUGGCCACCGUGAUCGCCCAAGCCAACCAGGUCUAUCGCAGCUUCCUGCAGUCAGAGGACGGCCAGGGAUUCAGCGGUCAGGUGUGCCUGAUGGGUGACUGCGUGGGAGGCGUGCUGUGCUUCGACGCUUUGUGCUUCAGCAACCACCAGAGGACGGGCAGCCCCAACGACAGCAGCAGGAACAAUAGCACCGAGAGCUUGAAGGAUAACUCGGGCCUGCUCGGGGAGUCCAGCCCGAGUCUGAGUUCGAGCAAGAGGCUCAGUAAGAGCAACAUCGAUAUCUCCGCCCCCAAUGAAGGGCACAGCCAGGGCGGGCCGCCCCUCAGCCGUAAGCAGAGCGACUCCUACGACGGAGACACCACCUCCACGGGCCAGCACAGCUUUUUUUCGAGUUUGAUGAAGGAAGGUGUGGAGCUGCGUGGUGGCAGUAGCCCCGGCCUGGUGUUGAAUCCUGGUCGAUUUGACUUUGAGGUGUCAGACUGCUUCCUGCUGGGCUGCCCUUUGGGCCUCGUACUGGCCAUGAGACGCACUGUGCUGCCUGCCGUCCAGGUGAGCCAGCUGCGUCCAGCCUGCUCUCAGAUUUUCAACUUGUUUUACCCGUCGGACCCUUCAGCCUCCAGACUAGAGCCGCUGCUGCAGCCGCUCUUCCACAAGUUGCCACCUUGCGCUGUGCCGCGCUACCAGCGCUACCCUCUAGGAGAUGGCCGCUCAAUGCUCAUUGCGGAGAGUAUUCAAGGCCACUCCAAUGUGUUUUUGGAAGGUGAGCAAACUCCUGGAGGUCCAGCUUCAAAAGCGUCCUCUGGGACUAAGACUGAAGGAGGAGGGGGAGAAGAAGGAGGCCGUAGAGCCAGUGUGACCAGUGCGGAGAGUGAAAUUUCCAUUUGCUCCCUGGGCCAGCUGGGAAACACCAUCGCUAACAUUUCCAGUAGCUGGUGGGGCUCCAAGAGGCUGGAUUAUGCUUUGUACUGUCCAGAUGUGCUCACUGCCUUCCCGACGGUGGCUCUACCUCACCUUUUCCAUGCGUCCUACUGGGAGUCUACUGAUGUAGCAGCCUUUGUUCUGCGGCAGCUCAUGGGAUGUGGCUGUGUGAAGAACCAGGAAGCGGACAAUUUGGGCACAGCUCCAUUCUCUCCCUCCAGCCCACGAGAAAAAUGGCUCAGAAGGAGGACACAUGUCAAACUAAGAAACGUCACUGCCAACCACAGGGUGAAUGAUGUCAUUGCCACAGAGGAUGGGCCUCAAACUCUGGUUGGCCGCUUCAUGUACGGCCCUUUGGACAUGGUCACUCUGACUGGGGAAAAGGUGGACAUCCUGCUAAUGACUCAACCGCAGUCCGGCCGAUGGGUGUACUUUGACACAGAUGUGACCAACAGCAGCGGCAGGGUCACAUAUACGAUACCUAAGAGCAAGAAGCUAAGCCUGGGAGUCUAUCCGAUUAAAAUGGUGGUCAAGGGCGAUCAAACAAGUGCAGAGGCCUACCUGACUGUGUUGCCGCGGGGCAUGGAGUGUGUGGUCUUCAGCAUCGAUGGCUCUUUUGCCGCUAGUGUGUCAAUCAUGGGCAGUGACCCCAAAGUCCGCCCUGGAGCCGUCGAUGUCGUCAGGCAUUGGCAGGACCUGGGUUAUCUGAUCAUCUACAUCACUGGCCGUCCCGACAUGCAGAAGCAGCGUGUGGUUUCCUGGCUGUCGCAGCACAAUUUUCCUCAUGGGAUGAUCUUCUUUUCUGAAGGCCUGGUUCAUGAUCCCCUUCGACAAAAGACCAUCUUCCUCAGGAACCUCGUACAGGAGUGUCACAUUAAGAUCAACUCUGCUUACGGCUCCAUGAAGGACAUCUCUGUUUACAACAUGCUCGGCCUCUGCCCCUCCCAGAUUUAUAUUGUCGGCAGACCCUCGAAGAAGUACCAAAAUCAGUGCCAGUUCCUCAGCGAGGGCUACGCAGCACACUUAUCAACUCUGCAGUUCGGCCACAGAGCCAGGCCCAAGAAGUCGGCCUCAGUUCGCAUGGUCCUGAGGAAGGGCUCUUUCGGCCUCUCGGCGAAGCCUGACUUCCUGUGUAAGCGAACUCACCUGCGCAGGACCAUGUCGGUGCAACAACCCGACCCGCCGUGCACACCCAACCCCAAGCCCGAGCGAGCUCAGAGCCAGCCGGAGUCAGAUAAGGACCCCGGAGGAGGGGGAGGAGGAGGUGGCGGGCAAGGCACAUGGGGGCGGCCCUCCAUCCACCGAGGAGACACCACUCCCUGACGUCGGAAAGGAGAUGGAAGGAUUGCAGGAAUAAAGAAGAGGAGAAAAACAAAGUCGCUUAGCGUCAAGGGCUAAGAGUCACCUCUGGCACCAGGUAGAUAUGUACAUUGGAUUGUCUGCUGGUAUCCCUUCAGCUCUGCUUUAUCUCCUGCUUGGCCAUCUACACUUUUCCGCCUGUUGGGCCCUUUUCUCGCGACCUGCUUGGUGGAUUCUGUCACUUAGUCUUGGUGCCUGAAAUCUGAAGCAGUUCCCUAGGGAUGGCCAGGAUGUUUGUGAAAUUCCCUCUUGUGUAUAAUUUUAAAGUUAAAAAAAUGUACUUCUGAAAGUGGAUUUACUUCUAAACACACACACACACACACACACACACCCAGAAGGUUUCGGAGGAUGGAGGCUGUGACGACGAUGGUGACUUCAACACUCGCGAACCGAUUACCCAGUGCGAUCAGUCUGCUGUGCCGACAGGUGGUCGUGUUGACUGACUCUCCUACAGCAUCCGUCCACUGAUGUAAAUACAAGACGCAGGUCAUCCGUGUUUGGGCCUCGGGACACAGAAGCACUGUGACAUCUAGGUUCACGCUGUACAGAUGUGGAGACCUGCGAGAUCUGCAGCUGUGAGGAGCCGACCUCGCCGGCCUCUAUUUCACUCCCCACUGUAUGAUGUGUCUUACUGGCUUGUCGCCCCCUUUCGUCCCCUCAACAAGUCUGGCAGAAAAGCGCCUCGGAUCGGGCCCACAGCCGCUGAGGCGCGACCAGGCCGCUGAGGUCCCCCUUGCACUAUGGAAGUACACCGCAGUUGAUCUCAAUUCACCUGCGGCACUCGCUUCAGAAUCAAAGAGUUAUAUUUUAUGGUAUUUAUAGUUUUUGUUUUUUCCUGCAGAGUGUGCACCGUCACUGUGUUGUUGGUUACUGUAACUCUGAGAAGACUAAACACAAAUAGUGUGUAGGUUUGACCAAAAAAUGUUUACAUGUUGACGGAAAACGGAUGUAAAAAGUUAAAAUAACGACGUAAUUGUCCUCAUUGGAAAUGUUAGUCUAGUUGCUUGGUAUUUGCAGAUGCUUGCAGGAUAUUGUUCAGUACAAUACACCCAGUUGAAAUUCCUCCAGAAUGCCCUUGCAUCCAUUGAAUUUAGCUACACUGGAAACAAUAGAUUUGUGAUUAAAUUUCAUGCUGUCUUGUGCACUCGGGGUGGAAUUGAUUCUAUGUUUAAAACUGUGCAAGUAAAACAUAUUUUUCUAAGAGGAAAUAUUGUAAAUAGAAAUAUUUUGUGUAUGUAUGUUUUUGAACCUUGUAGUUUUUUUUGGCCUUAAAAACGUAUUUGAUGUUGUGUAAAGAUAUUUAUUUGAAGUUGUUUGACCAAAGUGUUUCUGACAAGGUGCAUUGUAUCGAGUUGAUAUUUUUGCUUUAGCCUUUUUUAGAUACUGUACACAGUAUGUGUGUGUGAUUGAGUGAGUGUCCUAAGUAUUUGUCAUGAAGUUGUAUUUACUGUGAAAGCUACGGCGAUGAACAUGGGUAACAGUUUGGAUUAAAUGACUGUGUCGGAGGGUUACUUUGUCAAGGUUCUUUAAACCUGCUAGUAUAAUGGCUUUUGAGUUCUCACAGGGUCUAAACACCUGGGUAGCAGAGUGCAAAGUGUCAGCCAGAAGGGAGCAGUCUUGUCUUCUAUUUCCCCCGGCCUGUACGCAUUAGGUGGUCCGGUAAUUAGCUGUUUGAUUACCACCACUAAGUAUGUAUCAUUCUCUCUGUAAUUGCAGUGCUUCAAAUAGCAUUACUUGGUUCAUUUUACAUAAAGAUUCCUCAAUACUGAAAAAUUGUCCCCAAGCAUCCAAAAGGAUCAUCCCAAUCAAUACGGAUGCUACAGAAUAAUGAAGUCUGUAUAACACACCAUGAUUUCUCCAUGACAUUCCCCAGAAGGGUGGAGUAUUUAUGCUGGGCAGCAUUACAGUGCACUGAUAGUAAAUGGCAAACGAUGAUCUAAUGGUUAAAUGGUGAUUUUUCAGUGCAUGUUAUUAAACAAUGGCUCUGAGUGAUCAUCUUUAUGAUACUCUUAACUAAGGAUAGUAGUUAUUUGUAAAUAAGGAAGAGUAAAAGUGUAUGGUUGAAUUGAAUUACUACACGGAGGAAAUCACAGCAAAAGAGUGUUUUUAAAUAUAAUUAAAUAAUACAUUAUCCUCUCACUUACUGUAAUUGAUGUUUUAAAAUAAAUAGUAUUCACCAAAUGAUGACUUAACUAUUGGGUAUUCACUUAAUUUACGAUUUAUUAACAAUUUAUUUGACUUUAAAGUAAAAGUAAGUUAACUGACAUGGUGUGACAGUGUCUUUUGAAAAGAAAGAAAUUAUUUUGAGUAUUUGAAGAUGUCCUUUUGACCAAUGAGGACGAAACACCUGGUUUCAUUACUAAAAAUCGUAUUGUUUUGUGCAGAUCUGUACUAAUGGACAUGCUGUUGUGUUUCAUUGUUGCAUAAAUAAAGAUAUUUCACAUUCGAAGACUUUAUUUUUCCUCCAAGCUGAAUCCAAUCCGAUGUCCUCUCUUUUUUCACUACAUGG